UGACCAUGGUUAUCAUUGGUCUCCUGCACGGGCGGACGAAGGAGCAGUGGUACGAAGAUAUUGCGAAGAGAGUGGCAAAUGGAGAGGGACCUUGCGCUCCGCCAGAAUAUGCCGAGUUCCGCGGACCGGGUGUGCAUCACCGAAUUGAUGAUAGCCCUGAUGACAUCGAUAUGGACCUUGACGGUCGCUUCCAGGGCAGCCGUGGCAUGGGUGGUGAGUAGACCUAUAAUCGAUUCUGAGGCUGUAUGUUGACCUGUCAGGCGGAGGCAACCGCAUCAUUCUCCUCGGUGACGGGACGGAAAUUACCACUGAAGCUGCCGAUGCCGACAUGUUUGACAACGAUGACGAGGAUAAGGACCUCGAUGCCCAGGUCGACCGGUCCAACGGUUCCGCGCAGAACGCUCGCGAAGAGACGCCUGGGCCACAAGGCGCGAAAGAGACCACCGAAUCACCUUCUUCCGUCAAGACAGAAAAGUCAGAGGAGUCGUCUACAGCCAAGAAGGACACGACUGUGCCAGAGAAGGUUACUGGUGCAAGUGAAAAGUAACCAACGAAAUCUGUACAGUCUGGCACGAGUUUCUUGUCUUGAUCGAGAAGCUCUUGAGCACGCACUGUACCCGCCCGUGGUCUUGGUCAUACUGGCUUCAAGAUGGGUUGGGCCAGGAACAGCUUCGGCUUCCGGUAACAUUGUUCAUGUUAUGACUUUAAUGCGGUGGGUGAUGGACUGGAUGUUGUCAGCUUUUCUCGGCCGGGGCUUGGGCUUGAUUUGGCAAGCAUACGCGGGCAUGGACAAGGCAAAGUCACUAACGGGGUCUUCUUAUCCGAAAAGAGGGUCCCUGGUGCAUGAGAUAUGAGAGAACGAACAACCUCAUCCAAACAGGGCCUCGACACGAAUUGAUACCUGGCGUCGCAAGUCGUCGUCCGCUUUCUUAAUCCUACGCUUUGAGAUUUACAGGCCCUGC